AUGGAGUUCCUCACACGACUCUCACGAGACGUACCAGAAUACUACAUCUGCUUCAUGUGUGCCCGUCUUCACCCCUGGCGAAAGAUCGAGUCACCAAGUCCUACAUUCAAGCUAUUCGACUGUUCAAAGACCCUCCCACGCGAAAAAUGGUAUCUCAGAUGGCCCAUGUUUCGGGGCGUAUACCCCUGCGGCGCAUUCCACGAUAUUCAUUUCGUACAUCUCCAACUUGCCAUGCGAAGAUACUAUUAUGGAGCUGAAUUUGGGAUACCAAUCGAAUCGCUGUUUUAUACUGAGGUUGCCACUUGGCCUCUUGGAGAGCAUGGUCGAGUCUCGAUAGCCUCGAAGCUUAAAUCUACUUCUCCAGAGCUUCAUCAGAUGACGUCUUUGAAAUCCGUUGAAGCCCGAAUUUCCAUUUCGGCUCCGGGUCCGGGGCUCUGUUUACGGACACAGGAGAUGGCUAUCGCAAGACGGGAAAAUUUAUCGAAGAUAUUCCCGCGUUCUGGCUCGGAUUUUAUGUAUGUUUGUCGACAUAUUGGUGUAUUCCCCUCCGCCUCAUCCAUGCUGGACCUCCGUGCCACCGGCUUAAAGGAUUUAAUAAGCUCUCUUAUUGCGCAAUAUUCGGGCACCGGUUCUGAUAAGCCGAUACACUGGCAGCGCUGCCAAUCAUGCAAUACGUCGUGGAAACUAGAGAUUCGGGACUUGGGAAAGGAUAUUUGUCUUGUUUCGACGCGCUGGGUUGAUCUGGGACCUGGUCUUACGCCUGAUGAUGCUAGAUGGAGAAUACACCACUAUGAUGGGCCUGGUAUAAUUUUGGAAGACCAUGACCUGGUUGGGGAUCCUCGGAUCCGGUUUGAGGAGGAUUCUAUUCAGGCGGCCUCCUCUUUGACGGAAGAUGAACUGUUUCAACGCAAUAUCUCGUUUGUGAAGGGGCAGACAUAUCAGACUAGGAUGACGAGGUGGGGGCCUUCGAGGUGGUAUCUUGUUGGUGAGAAAUUUGAGAAAGAUGAAGAGAAAUCUAAGCCUGAGCCUUCCUACUGUAUUGCUAUGUGA